AACCAUUUCUCCGUAAAAUAUGUCGAUAUUUUUAAAUCUAAUAUUUCUUUCUAUACGCUUAGCGAACUAUGGACCUAUGAAUGUAUCGAGCACAAAUGCAAUCGUGUCGAAUUGGAAAGUGGAAAAGACGUUGAAAAACAGAGUUUGGCUGUGUGUCAAUUGCUUUGUGAUGUGAAUCCUGGUACACUAUGGCCUCGUGUAAAUGGCCAUGCAAAAUUGAAAAAAUCAAUAAUUCGACUAAAUCCGAAUGCAAUUCGAUUUGAUAUUCAUAACAAAAGUAAUGAUCAAUUUUGGCAAGCAAACGAGCACCGUUUUCGUGAGCAAAUUUCAAGAAAAAUCACUCCAAGUUUGAAAAUAACAGAAAAUGAUUACGAAAUGGUGAUUGGAAUCAAUGUGGAAAAUACAGAUGGAAAAUUAAAUUUGCAUACCAAUGAACACUACCAAAUUCAAGCACACAAAGAAGCGAAUGGGGUUGUUGUGGCAAAUAUUACGGCCGAAACAAUAUUCGGUGCUCGUCACGCGCUUGAAACAAUGUCACAGUUGAUUGUCUUCGAUAGUGAUAGUGACGGCCUAUUUAUCGUUGACGAAUUUCAAAUUGAUGACCAACCUGCAUUUCCUCAUCGAGGUUUCUUAUUGGAUACCGUUCGCAAUUAUUUCCCAUUGGAUUCGAUUAAAAGAACAAUCGACGGCAUGGCAAUGGUGAAACUAAAUGUGUUUCAUUGGCACAUUAGUGAUUCACAGAGCUUUCCGAUGGUAUUGAUAUCACAUCCAGAAAUGGCACAACAUGGCGCUUAUUCAUCUGACAAAGUUUACACCAUUGAAAAUAUUAAAGAGGUGCGCGACUAUGCGUAUGUUCGUGGUGUGUUGCUGUUACCAGAAUUCGAUACGUCGGCUCAUGUCAGUGCGGGAUGGCAAAAAAAUGUAACGACUUGUGUAAAUAUGGAACCAUGGCACAUUUACUGUGCGGUACCGGCAUGUGGUCAACUUGAUCCAACUAAAAACCAUGUUUAUGACAUUCUCGAAGACAUUUACCGUGAAAUGUACGAUGCGUUUGGUAAACCGGAUCGCUUUCACAUGGGCGGCGAUGAGGUGUUCGAAAAAUGUUGGGAAGUGAGUGAGGACAUUCGAAAUUGGAUUCAAGACCACGGUUUGCAGCUGGAUACAAAUGGCUUUAUGGAGCUUUGGGGUUUCUUUCAACAAAAAGCCUUGGAACGAAUGGAUCGGGUCACCGCAACGAAUGUUUCGAUUAUACUGUGGACAAGUACGUUGACGGGAAAAGAAUAUGUUGAGAAGCAUCUUGAUAAAGAAAGACAUAUUAUUCAGAUUUGGACGAAAAAGAAUGAUACAGUCAUAACGGAUCUUCUUGAAAGAGGUUAUAAAUUGAUUUUAUCGAAUUAUGACAAUUUUUAUUUUGAUUGUGGAUUUGGUCAUUGGUUGCGAGAUGGGAAUAAUUGGUGUUCGCCUUAUAAAGACUGGAAGAAAGUGUAUGAUAACGAUUUUGAAUACUUUGGCGAAAAGUAUAAGUCACAAUUUUUGGGUGGUGAAGCGGCUCUUUGGUCUGAGCAAGUGGAUCAUUUAACAUUGGACGGAAGAACGUGGCCGCGCCUAAGUGCUUUGGCCGAACGAUUGUGGACCAAUCCGUCAACGACUUGGCCAAAAGCUGUAUCACGGAUGUUGAUUCAUCGAGAGAGAUUGGCCGAGAAUGGUAUUGCUGCGGAAAGAUUGGCACCGGAAUGGUGUGUUCAACAUCAAGGGAAAUGUGUUUCAUAUUGAUGAAAAUCGAACUGUUAUGAAUUCUAUUGACUUUGAAUGGAAUUAUGUUUUUUUUUACAUAAUUACAACACAAACAACAACAAUUUAAAUGAUGAAAAAUUACAUUGAAUAAACUUUUUAAAAACUUGAUAAAUCUGUACAAAAAUAAUACGAUCAUUAAAAAAUGUACAUUUUUCGUGGUUUAAACACGAAAAUUGACAAUUUUUCGCAUUUCUA